ACGAAGAAGAACUAAUAAAUAGUUGAGUGUAUUUUCCAUAAGUGAAUUUUGUGCCAGGAAACGGCGAGAAAGAUUUUUUUUCGGGCAGAAAAUAUAGUAAAUAUGGAAAACGAAAACAAAACAGAGGAGACAAAAGCCGGCGGCGAAACUGAGCCGUUAACGACGGCAGCGACAGAGAAAGCGUCAGAAAACGAUAAGAAAGAUGUAGCCAACAGUGGUGCAGAGGCAGACGAAGUAGUAGCACCGACAGAGAAGAAAAACAGUGCUAGUGCUGGUGCUGGUGACGAAGUCAAUGAUAAGAGUGCGGAUAAAACGGCUACAACAGCAGAGAAGGACGAUAAGAAACUUAAAUCAGAAUCUGAUGCAGACAACAAAUCUGAUGAUAAAUCCUCCACUGAUUCAGGCGAUGAUAAAAAGGCGGGACAGAAGGACAAAUCUGUUGAUGUCAAGGAGACUAACGAUUCCAAGGACACUGAUGCGACAGAUGGUGAUGACAAGAAGACUGAAGGCAAGGAGAAGAAUGGUACAGUAGCUGGUGCUGCAAGCGGUACCGUCACAUCGGCUAGCGCUGACAAAAAGAAGCCUGCCAAGGAGCAGGGCAAAGAGAAGAACGAUAAGAAAGCUGAUAAAAAUAAAGAAGAUAAAGAGGACGAAGUGAAGGGCGAGAACAAAGAAGUAGAUGAGGAUGAUGAAAAUGUGGUCGCAUUAGCAGAAAUUGAUAGAAUCAAUGAUAACAUUAAUAAAACGCGAGUUGAUGGAUUACAAACGUUGCAUGAGCUCUGUUUUGGUUCGGUGGGUAAAAAUAAUGUUGUAAAAAAGAAUUUACGCUCUUUUGCCGGUUUCGAGUUCGAAAAGGACUCUAGCGAAUAUAAGAAAAAAUUCGAUGCCAUUAAGAAAACCGAUGCUAAGGCACUAAAGGGUAUUUGUGAUAUUCUGGCGUUGGAGCGCAAAGGCACAAAAGAUGAGAUCGCAGGUCGUGUGCUCAAAUUCCUCAUGGAACCAGAUGAAUCACUAUGUGUAGAUGAGGCCGCUGAAGAGGAAGAAGAUAUGGAAGAGGAUGAAGAGCAAAUCGAUGAAGAAGAGGAAGAAGUUAGUGCCGAAGAGGAACGUAAACGGAAGCCAAGCAGCCGCGCACCGGCACGAAACUCAACAAGUGGCCGCCCCAGACGCGCAACUGCUGGAAAAAAAAUGUCCGCGUAUGUCGAUUUCUCCAGCUCAGAUGAAAGUGAACGCAACGCAGCGCCGGCAAAACGAAAGCGUCACGAUGAUUCCGAAUCGGGCUCAGAUUAUAAUCCAUCAGGCGGAAACUCCGAUUCGGAUGGUGCACGUGGCGGCGGUCGUAAGGCUUUAGCACGUGGUGGACGCAGUGGACGGCCAGCACGUAAAAGUUGGAAGAAAAAUUCAGAUUCCGAGGAAGAGGAGUUUGACUUAUCAGAUGCUGACAGUGAUGUGCCGAAACGUAAACGCCCUACACCUGGUAAACGUGGCCGACCUGCUGCUGCUGCUACUGCCACCAAACGUGGCACACGUGGUCGGGGUGCCAAAGCAACUAAAUCGCGCAAGCGCAAGGACUCGGAAAGUGAAGAAGAGGUAUCUGAGGAUGAGGAUGAAGAAGAGGAGAUGUCUGAUUUUGGCAGCGAUCAGAGUGAGGAGGAAGAGGAAUCAAAGAAAUUCAAGAAACCUUCAGCGCCUGUGAAAAAUGCUAAAACUAAUAAUAAAUCCAAAACGCCAGCUAAACCUGCUGGAAGGCCGAAAAAAGCAAGCAAAAAAGAAGAAGAGGAGUCCGAUGAUGAGGAUGAGCCGCUAAACAAGAAAGGCAAGGCGACAUUCCCUACGGAUGAGCAAAUUCGCAAUUAUGUUAAGGAAAUCUUAGAUAAAGCCAAUCUCGAAGAGAUAACUAUGAAAACGGUGUGCAAGCAAGUGUAUGCAAAAUAUCCCGACCACGAUUUAACAGAUAAAAAGGACUUUAUAAAAGCCACAGUUAAAGCGUUAAUUGCGGCAUAAAUCCAGGCCUCGAAAAAAUGUGCAAAAUUCAAACUUUGCAAUUUCGCAACUGAAGAAAAAAAAAAACAGCAGCAGCAACAGCAACGACAACAAAAACAAAUAUACAAACCAACAACCGCUGUCAGUCUGCGCCACAGCAUCGGUGUAUUUAUAUUUAGCUAUUGAAUGCGUUUAAAUCAACGAAUUCAAGAGCUUUUAAGAUUUCUUUAUUAUUUUGUCUAUAUAAGAUUGCUUUUCUUUAUCCCUUCCGGCUCUUCCUACUGGGUGCACAACGCGCACUUUAAUGAAAGCAAAACACACUAAAACAAAAACAAAAAAAAAACUAUUUGACUACUUGACUAAUUUUAUUUCAUCGUGCACCAAAAUGUGCAUAAUUAAUUGUCAAUGUUGUAUUUUUACUUUUAUUAAUACGCAACACCCUUUUUUCCUCAUUUUUUACUUGAAUAGUGUUCUAGCACACGCCACACACACCCAUACACGUACAUAAAUAUGUAUUUUGUUCUUAGUUCUAAAGCAUUGUAUAAAUACUAGCUUUUCUUAUGACUUUCAAAAACAAAAGCAAAACAAAAAAAGAAUGUGGAAUGCAAAUUUGUAGAAUUUCUGUAAAAUGUUUAAUUAUAAUAAAACACAAAAAACCUAAACAUGAUAUAAUAAUUUGCGUAAAAUAAGAUUACGCAAAUAAUAAACAAACGGAAAAGAAAUAAAAAAAACAUAAAACUCAA